AUGUUGUUUCUCAUUCCUUUGGCAGCUUUAUGUUGUAUGUUUGUCGCUGAGGUUGCAUGCAAACAAUUCAAUUCUACAUCAAAUUCAAGUUCAGUGCAAUCAAGCUUGACUGAUUUUCAAUACAAGGGUGUUAGUAUCGGAGGUUGGCUAGUCCUAGAACCUUAUAUUACACCAUCUUUAUUCAAUGCUACCAUUCUGUCUGAUGAAACGUGGAACGAUAUCCCAGUCGAUGAAUAUCACUUUUGUGAAAAAUUAGGUGCCAAAGAAGCUGAAAAAAGAUUAACAGAUUAUUGGGAAUCCAUGUAUAAUGAAUCAGAUUUCAAGCAAAUAAAAGAAGCUGGGUUAAAUAUGGUAAGAAUACCUAUUGGAUAUUGGUCGUUUGAGAAAUUGGAGGGCGAUCCGUAUGUGUCAGGAGCACAAGAUUAUCUUGAUAAGGCAAUUGAAUGGUCACAUGCAAACGACUUGAAAGUCAUGAUUGAUUUACACGGUGCACCAAAUACACAAAAUGGAUUUGAUAAUUCUGGUUUAAGAAAUCUUGGGUAUCCUGGAUGGCAAAAUAAAACCGAGUAUGUUAACCACACAUAUAAAGUAUUACAGCAGAUGUUCCAAAAAUAUGGUACUGGGAAAUAUGCAUCUGACUACAAGGAUACCAUCAUUGGAAUUGAGGUGUUAAAUGAGCCCCUUAACCCAAAUUUGGACAAGCUUAAAGAAUUUUACAUCGAGUCCUAUAACGAUGGGAGAGAAAUUCAAAUUAUCAACAACACAAUUUUUUUCCAAGAGGCGUUUCAACCAAUUGGCUACUGGGAUAGUUUUUUGGAAAAAGGUGAAAUAAAAAUAACUGAAACAUCGAAUGGGACUAACCACACUGUCACCAAAAAAGCCAAUUUCAAAAAUAUUAUCAUUGAUCACCAUCAUUAUGAAGUUUUCACAGAGUCCCAAGUGGCACUGAAUGUAUCAACUCAUUUAGAAAAUAUCAAGAAUUAUGCAUCUGCUAUUGGCAAGGAAAAAGCAAAGGCUAUAGUUGGCGAAUGGUCAGCAGCAUUAACCGAUUGUGCUCCUUGGUUAAAUGGUAUUGGAUUAGGUUCAAGAUAUGAAGGUACUGCUCCAUAUACUAAUGAUCGGGUAGGAAGUUGUGCUGAGUUUAACAAGAGUCCAGAUAAGUGGUCUAAACAACAAAAGAAAGAUUAUAGAAGAUUUGUUGAAAUGCAGCUUUAUGAGUACUCUACUAACUCACAGGGAUGGAUAUUUUGGUGCUGGAAAACAGAAGGAGCCACCGAAUGGGACUUUAGAGCAUUGGUUAAGAAUGGCAUAAUGCCCCAACCUUUAGACAACUACAAAUAUGUCAGGAAUGGGACAGAUACGAGCAGUGCUUCCGUCUUUGCAUUAAAUAAGAUGACAUUAUUGUUAGCUUAUUUAUUGGCCGUUUUGGUUAUUUAG